AUGGAUACACUCUCCGUCGAACUGCACGCACAAAUAUUCGAGUAUGCAUGUCUCGACGACGGCAGCACCGCACGCGCACUGGCCCUCGUCUCCCACUACAUCCACGACGUCGCGCAACCAUUUCUCUACCAGUCCCUCGCGGUCCAAGGAUUCAUCCAGAUGCAUGCCCUCAUUGCGACACUUACCCCUCUCCCGCAUUAUCUCCGUCGCAUUCGUUACCUCUACCUCUCCGACAGCAGUCCAUCUGCGUGGCACCAUGCGCCCUUUGAAUCCCCCGGCCGCAUACUGAGCGACGCCGACAUGGCGCGCUACGAGGAAGCCCAAGCUGCCGCGGCGCACCUCCUGCUCCUCGCUGCGCCGACGCUUGAGAUGCUCGCGGUCACAGCAGACUGCCUGUUUAUGGGUACCGCUCUCAUCGCGCACCUCUUCGCGCUGCAGCUUCCGCACUUGCGUGAACUGGCAGUACGCGGGUUCUACCCCUUCCUGGCUGGCACGGACGGACCGAGCAUGCCCCGGUUAGAGCGUUUGCACCUCGAGGGCAAUAGGAGCCCUUACGGGUUGCUUGACUGUGGCGGCAUGAAAGAGACAUGUCCUGCCCUCGAGCACCUGGCCAUCUCGGGAGUCGUCGCUGCGCAUGGCUUCGCAAACGAGGUGGAGGCAGUGGUCUGCCGUUCAGAAGGUGACAUGGAA